CAUACAUCUUUAAUGUAACACAGGACACACAGAAAAAGCUGAUUUAGGACUGUCCUGCUACAGUAAGGAUCUUACCUGGGACUUGGCAUUGCAGCGUAAGCUGAGGUAAAUAUUGCUGGCCUAUAUAUGCAAAGGUAUGUAUAAGGCCUGCUUCUCAAAAAUACAUGAUAUAAAGACAGAUUUUACGCUCUUUCAGACGCAGUGCUGGAUUAUGGAGCAGAAUUUCACACACCUGCUGGGCAGCAGUGGCUCUGAGGACAUACUGGUGACUUACACAUCACCAACACCUAACUCAUCUGCAGCCUACGAAUAUGCCUUCGACUACUCAGAGCUACACAUCAUCUGUCAUCCUGAAGGUAUUCCAGCAUUUGCAUCUACCUUAUUUCCAGUGCUAUACUCCCUACUGUUUGUGACUGGCCUCAUGGGAAAUGCCUUGGUUCUUUGGAUUCUGACAGUCUUCAUGAAAAUCAAGACCAUGACUGAUGUGUAUCUGCUGAAUCUGACUGUCUCUGACCUCCUCUUGGUAUUCUCCCUGCCCUUCUUGGUUCAGUACUCCCUUGUGAGCCAGUGGACUUUCGGAAAUGCCCUGUGUAAAAUCAUCAGCUCAGUUUACUUCAUUGGUUUCUACAGCAAUGUCUUCUUCAUAACCAUCAUGAGCAUCGACAGGUACUUGGCCAUAGUCCACUCCCUCCAUGUCCAAGGUAUUCGGACAACUGCCAUUGGCUUUACCACCAGUCUGGUCGUUUGGACAGUUGCCAUUUUAGCAUCAGUGCCAGACCUACUUUUUUUCCAGGAAGUGAAUGACAAUAACCAGAUUAAGUGCCUCCCUCACUAUCCUCAUGGCAACAAUGGCUGGAAGACUUUCAGUAAUUUUGAAGCCAACAUCCUGGGAUGGCUAAUCCCUGCUGUUGUGCUCAUUUUCUGCUAUCACAGCAUCUUGAAAAACCUGCAGAAGUUACAUACUAAGAACAAGUACAGAGCAAUAAAAGUGGUUUUUAUUGUUGUCAUUGUCUUCUUUCUCUCCUGGACCCCUGUCAACAUUGUGCUGUUUUUGGACUCUCUGAGGAACAUGUCCAUCAUCGAUGACUGCCAGAUAAGCCAAAGGCUAGACCUAGCCAUAGAGCUCACUGAGGCACUCUCCUUUGUCCACUGCUGCCUCAACCCAGUCAUCUAUGCUUUUGUGGGUGAGAAGUUCAAGAAGCACCUCCUUGAUGCUUUCAAAAAAUCUGCAUGUUUUCUGUCAAACUGCAAAGGGGCUUUCAGUGGGCACAGCCUGGACAAGCACUCCUCUCUGCACACAAAGUCCUCACAGUUGUCUUCUGUUGGCACUGUCUUGUAGAACUACAAGUCCAAAACUAUCAUCCUGGACAGGGGAUCUGAAAUGGAGAUAUCUUCAACCAGGCAUCCACAGGCAUGGACUGUUUGAGCAACUUUUUAGGACAUGAAAAGUGGAAGCAGCUGCUUGAUUUUGCUUUUAUUGUGGUUACUUUUGGUGUUCUCACUUUUUAGAGUUGGUUUGGUUGUUUUUGUUUUUUUAGCACCAUCCUCCCUUCCCCUCAGCAUAUCCUGCCUUGCUUGCUUUGUGAAAUUAACAGCAGACUCCCACACUCCCAGAGCAGCAUGGAGAGGUACCUUAGAAACAUAUCCUCCCCCCUUCAGACUCAGUACUGAAAAGAACUGUUUAUGUUUCCAAACCCUGGACACUUGGCCACUCCUUCCCUCAUCUCACCAGGGUGUGUUGGUGGUGUGAGCAAGGAUGGGACUUGUGGCAGGAGUGGGAACCUGCUCUUUGGAGGGGAAAUGGUGCCCAAGUUUAGGGUGUCAUGCCAGAGCCUGGCUCCCAGUUGGCAGAUAUGAGCAUUGCUUCCACCCCAAAAGAGCUUAGUGAGUAAGUAAUUGGAUAAGCAACCAAGAAAUAAAUGCUGUCCAUGUGUUUUGGUAAAAUCAAUGUGAAUUAUUAUCUAGGUAUAAUCCUGGCUCCCCAUUUGCUACCAGGGCUUGUAGCUUCUUGGCUGGAAGAGUUUGAAGCUGUAGCUUAGAAAUGAUGCUGUGGAUGUCAAGGAACAAUCUCUAUGGGAAUGAAUGAGUGCUGUAGGAAUGGAUAGAGAAAUUGUUACCAGGCAAAAGGCUGAAAAGUGGAAAAAAUAGUGCAUGUGAGCUGUCACACAUCUCCAUCAGGGGAGUUUCUGAACAUUUUUGAACAUUUUUGAACUGAAUACAGGUGUGCCAGUGUGGUCACUGCUCUUGAGCAGGCGGCUGGGGUUGACAUUCCAGUUACUGUUUCAACCUGGAAUGACUGAUUUUAUAUGUGUGAAUGGCUACCCAUUCCUAUAGAUAUAUCUAUAUGUAUCUAUAUUAUACAGAGGUAUGUACAUAUACAUGCAUAUCUAUACUUGCCAUGUGUGUAUAUAUACACAAAUACACAUACAUAUACCCGUAUAUAUACACAUAUAUACUUAUUUAUGUACAAAUAUUGUUAGAUAAAUGCAAUGGUUUCCUGAAGCUUUUUGUUUUCUUCUAUUUGUUUCUACAAGAUAUCACCAUAUUUUAAGUUUUGUAAUAAAGAUACU